GCCGCGUGCACCUCUUUAAGCAACAUGGCUGUUCUGCCAGGCACUAAUAUGGAAACCACAGCUUCACGGCGCCCGGAAGAACGGGGGAGCUCCUAUUAAAAAUAUUUCCGCCAUCCUGCCAACACCUAAGGUGGCUCUCAUUUGAGCUUCAAAGCGAGCGGGAAACGGAAAAUGACUUCCCGGCUAGCGCAUUACCCGGAACUCUUUCCAGUUAGCCUGGGGGUGUCCGCGGGAGAAUUGGAGAUUUCCUGCGGCUGGGGCUGGGAGGUGCUAGUCCACCGCGCCUGAUUCGAGACGUGUCCCGGCUGAGAGACUAGGAUGUCGGACACGUGGAGUUCUAUCCAGGCCCACAAAAAGCAGCUGGACUCGCUGCGAGAGAGGCUGCAGCGGAGGCGGAAGCAGGACUCGGGGCACUUGGAUCUACGAAAUCCAGAGGCAGCACUGUCUCCCACCUUCCGCAGUGACAGCCCAGUGCCUACUGCACCCACUUCUGGUGGCCCUAAGCCCAGCACAGCUUCAGCAGUUCCUGAACUAGCUACAGACCCCGAGUUAGAGAAGAAAUUGUUACACCACCUCUCUGAUCUGGCCUUAACAUUGCCCACUGAUGCUGUGUCCAUCCGUCUUGCCAUCUCCACGCCAGAUGCCCCUGCCACUCAAGAUGGGGUAGAAAGCCUCCUACAGAAGUUUGCAGCUCAGGAGUUGAUUGAGGUAAAACGAGGUCUCUUACAAGAUGACGCACAUCCCACUCUUGUGACUUAUGCUGAUCAUUCCAAGCUCUCUGCUAUGAUGGGUGCUGUGGCAGAAAAGAAGGGCCCUGGGGAGGUAACAGGGACUAUCACAGGGCAGAAGCGGCGUGCAGAGCAGGACUCAACCACAGUAGCUGCCUUUGCUAGCUCUUUGGCCUCUGGCCUGGCCUCUACAGCAUCAGAAGCAGCCAAGGAGCCAACCAAGAAAUCAAGGAAACAUGCUGCCUCAGAUGUUGAUCUGGAGAUAGAGAGCCUUCUGAACCAACAGUCUACUAAGGAACAACAGAGUAAGAAGGUCAGUCAGGAGAUCCUAGAGCUAUUAAAUACAACAACAGCCAAGGAACAGUCCAUUGUUGAAAAGUUUCGCUCACGAGGUCGGGCCCAAGUACAAGAGUUCUGUGACUAUGGAACCAAGGAGGAGUGUAUGAAAGCCAGUGAUGCUGACCGGCCCUGCCGCAAGCUGCACUUCAGACGAAUCAUCAAUAAACACACUGAUGAGUCAUUAGGUGACUGCUCUUUCCUUAACACAUGUUUCCACAUGGAUACCUGCAAAUAUGUUCACUAUGAAAUUGAUGCUUGCAUGGAUUCUGAGGCUCCUGGGAGCAAAGACCAUACACCUAGCCAGGAGCUUGCUCUUACACAGAGUGUUGGAGGUGACUCCAGUGCAGAUCGACUCUUCCCUCCUCAGUGGAUCUGUUGUGAUAUCCGCUACCUGGACGUCAGUAUCUUGGGCAAGUUUGCAGUUGUGAUGGCUGACCCACCCUGGGAUAUUCACAUGGAGCUGCCCUAUGGGACCCUGACAGAUGAUGAGAUGCGCAGGCUCAACAUACCAGUACUGCAGGAUGAUGGCUUUCUCUUCCUCUGGGUCACAGGCAGGGCCAUGGAGUUGGGCAGAGAAUGUCUGAACCUCUGGGGUUAUGAACGGGUAGAUGAAAUUAUCUGGGUGAAGACAAAUCAACUGCAGCGCAUCAUUCGGACAGGCCGUACAGGUCACUGGUUGAACCACGGGAAGGAACACUGCUUGGUUGGUGUCAAAGGAAAUCCCCAAGGCUUCAACCAGGGUCUGGAUUGCGAUGUGAUCGUAGCUGAGGUUCGUUCUACCAGUCAUAAACCAGAUGAAAUCUAUGGCAUGAUUGAGAGACUAUCCCCUGGCACUCGCAAGAUUGAGUUAUUUGGACGACCACACAAUGUGCAGCCCAACUGGAUCACCCUUGGAAACCAACUGGAUGGGAUCCACCUACUAGACCCAGAUGUGGUUGCCCGGUUCAAGCAAAGGUAUCCAGAUGGUAUCAUCUCUAAACCUAAAAAUCUGUAGAAGCACUUCCUUACAGAGCUAAGCACCUACAGCCAUGGCUCUGUAGGCUGCACCUGAAGAGUAAUAUUUGUACAAUAGUUUUUCUUCCUUAUUUAAAUAAAAGUUUGUAUUGUAGUUGGGAUUUCAAGGUCAAAAUCUGGCUCUGCCACUUAACAUUGUGUGAUCUCGUGCACCUUAUCUCUCAGUAGGAUUUCUUACAUGUAAGCUGGGAAUAUGCUACCUACCUCACUGGGUUGUUGUAAGGUUCAAACUAAAUGAGUGCAUGGAAAGCAUUAAAAUGUUGAUUAUAAUAUAUAGGAUCAAAGUGAUUAGCAGUUAGUACUACAUGAAUGUCGUAAUCAAGAAGGGGGUUCUCUGGGACAGCUAUUUUUCAAGGUAAGAUUUGAUUUCACUUAAGGUUAUCAUCAUUAGGGCUAACAUGCUCUAAAUAUUUGUUUACCCUUUCACAACUAUGUGGCUUUGCUUGUCUUUUUUUUUUUUUUUUAGCUUAUUUGCAAGAAAAAUGAGAUAAGCACAUCUUAGAUUAAAUUUAAAUGAAUCCCUAGGGUGUACAGAGAAUUAGCCUAUAUAUUAUGUAAGUGAAAACACCUCUAGCCUAUCUUUUAAAAGAUAUUUCAUCAAACACAAGUGAACACAACUUCUUUAGACUUUGGUAAAACCUCUUAUAUUAAGGAUAUAGACUUCUGCCUUUUACACUCAUAAACUGUGGUAAGUGCAAGAGGGAGGAUCAAGGAUUACAGAAAUAACAUUAUUUGUAAAGAGAAAUAAAUAAGAAACUCCCAGGUGAUAGUAUUUUCCCUACAGCCCAGGGUGCCUGCUCUGUUGAAAACUUUUGUUCUCCAAGCAAUGUAUAGGUGUGACAGCAAUCGUUCCUGUUUAAGAGAUAACCUUUAAUGCAACUUUUUAUCCCCUUUAAAAUGGAUGCACACAGUGUUUUAGCCUAGGCUCAAAGCUGAGUAUUCUCCCAUCAUUUUAAUAAUUGUUUAGGCAUGUCCUAUGACAAUUAUACCGAGUUUCCUCAAACAACCCCCCACCAUCACCACCCCUAUGUUCUGCUUGUUCAUAUUCCCUUUACCCUUCUCUGCUAUUAUCACUGGUAUCUCUGCUUGUACUUGAAAGUAAAAAGCAAUUCCAGAUUACAGCCAACUCAAUGGCCUUGCUCCAUAGUAUGGCCCCUGAUGAAGAGACAGAAAAGGGGAGAAGCACAAAGGACCAUCAUGGGUUGAGAUCAGGCACUACCAGAAGCCCAACUUGUUUUUUAAAAAGAGGCUCUUAGACAUGUUCCCAGCAGAUAAGUCUUGACUGGCUUGGAGAACAGGAAGGACUACUUCACAAACACCACAGUGUUUGAAUUUCUAGAGGCCA